AUGCCGCUCUCAAUUCCUUGUAGACAAAGGACCCUGUCAAAGGGAGUUGCCUUCCGUAGCCUCUGUGACAAAUUCAUAGAAUAUUUGACAAAACAGAGCCCCGUUAUCCUACUAUUCUUGAAGACUCGGCUCCUUGAUGUAGGAAUUCGGAGGCGAAGAGACAUGCCGGUUGGCUCUGGCAUAGAAAUACUCGUCAUCUUCUCGCAAGAUCAGCUUUGUUUGGUCGAAGAUAAGAUCGCCGUCUUGUUCCACGAAUACUUACAUAUCUCCACAUUCUGGGUAAUAGCUGGUCCGAAGGAGGAAUAUGGUGGUCUUGCGGCAGUGACAGCAACUCAGAGACAUAUAUCGCUGCUGGAACCUUAUGGCAAAGGAUUUUGGGAGCUCCGAAAACUGAAAAAAAGAUGGGUGGUUUGGAGGUCACAUAUAAUAGGUAGCUUAAGCGACCACUGGGCCAAAAGAGCUCAAUCACCACCAGCGCCAUGA